AUGUCUUUGCCACGUAUUGGUAAACCUGCACCCGAGUUCAAAGCGCAAGCAAUAGUGAAUAAUAAAUUAACAGAAGUAUCAUUAAGGGAUUAUAACCGAAAAUACGUUAUUUUACUCUUUUUUCCAAUGAAUUUUUACAUCGUCCCAACAGAGUUAAUUGCAUUCAAUGAUCAUUUGAAAGAUUUCGAAAAAAUUAAUGCCUAUAUAGUUGCUUGUUCAAUUGAAAGUCAUUAUAAUUAUUUAAAAUGCUUAACUGUGCCACCUAGACAAGGUGGAGCUCAUGGUAUUACAAUUCCAUUAAUUGCAGAUAGAAACAUGGAGAUAUCAAAAAAAUAUGGUAUUCUCGAUGAAGAACAUGGAAUUCCCUAUCGAGCAAUGUUUAUUAUCGAUGAUUCCGGUAUUCUUCGUCAAAUUACUAUCAAUGAUUAUAGCGUAGGUAGAAAUGUGUUGGAAACUCAGCGGUUAAUUGCAGCUAUUCAGGAAUCGAAUAAACUUCAUAAAAAUUCAACAAAAUCAGAUUUUCCCGAAGUGGGUAUGCCAUUACCUCCUCAUCAAAGACGUACAACGUUAACGCUUGCCGAGAGGAAUUUUCGGCAUCAAAUUACUGAAUAG